AUUUUCUUAAGAAAAAAGAAGCAGGCGCUGGUGAAGUAGCUAUUCGUGUUGUGUCCAGUUCAGAUAAAAUAGUUGAAGUGAAACCAGGAAUGCGAAGCCGCUUUGUCGAUACUGGAGAAAUGAUAGGCGAAUUUCCUUAUAGGGCAAAAGCACUUUAUGCAUUUGAAGAAAUUGAUGGAACUGAUGUUUGCUUCUUUGGUAUGCAUGUUCAAGAAUAUGGGUCUGAAUCUCCAUCACCAAACACAAGAAGAGUUUAUAUUGCAUAUUUAGAUUCUGUCAACUUUUUCAGACCCAAACAGUACAGAACAUAUGUUUACCAUGAAAUAUUAUUGGGUUACCUUGAUUAUGUAAAACAAUUAGGAUAUACUAUGGCUCACAUUUGGGCAUGCCCUCCAUCUGAAGGUGAUGAUUACAUAUUUCACUGUCAUCCCCCUGAACAAAAAAUACCAAAACCAAAACGAUUACAAGAAUGGUAUAAGAAAAUGCUUGAUAAAGGUAUAAUUGAACGCAUAAUUCUGGACUAUAAAGAUAUUUUAAAGCAAGCUAUUGAAGAUAAAUUAAGUUCAGCAGCAGAAUUACCCUACUUUGAAGGCGAUUUUUGGCCAAAUGCUUUAGAAGAUAGCAUUAAAGAACUUGACCAAGAAGAAGAACAGAAACGAAAACUAGCAGAAGCUGAAGAAUCUGUUGAAAUGUGUGUAAGUGAUGAAGUUGAAAUAGGACCUGACGGAAAGAAAAAAGGGUUACAAAAGGCCAAAAAAUCAAACAAAUCUAAGUCUAGCCAAAGGAAGAGCAGUUCAAAGAAAACUAUGUUACCUCAAACUAGUAGCGAUCUUUCUGCUAAAAUUUUUGACAACAUGGAUAAGCAUAAAGAAGUGUUUUUUGUGAUUAGGUUGCAUAGUGUACAAUCAGCUGCAGCAUUAGGAGCAAUACAAGACCCAGAUCCUUUAAUCAGCUGUGAUUUAAUGGAUGGUAGAGAUGCAUUUUUGACCAUGGCUCGAGAAAAACAUUAUGAAUUUUCAUCACUUAGGAGGGCAAAGUUUUCUUCAAUGGCAAUGUUGUAUGAACUUCAUAAUCAAGGACAAGACAAAUUUGUUUACACAUGUAAUAGUUGUAAGUCCCAUGUGGAAACCAGAUACCACUGCACUGUUUGUGAUGACUUUGAUUUAUGUAUUACCUGUUGGGAAAAAGAAAAACAUCCACAUACAAUGGAGAAAUUGGGUCUUGAUUUGGAUGAUGGAUCAUCUCCUGGUGACCAAAAACAAGCAGAUCCUCAAGAAGCUAGAAAGUURUCCAUCCGUCGGUGUAUACUAUCACUUGUACAUGCUUGCCAAUGUAGGGAUGCAAAUUGUCGUUUGGCAAGUUGUCAACGAAUGAAAAGGGUGGUACAACAUGUUAAACUAUGCAAAGUCAAAUCAAAUGGCAAUUGUCCGAUUUGUAAACAAUAUAUUGCACUUUGCUUCCAUCAUGCUAAGUAUUGUACUGAAGCUAAGUGCCCAGUGUUGUUCUGUCCAAAUAUGAAACACAAGAUUAAACAGCAACAACUACAACAAAGACUUCAACAAGCACAACUAUUAAGAAGACGUAUGGCCAUCAUGAAUACUGGUACUUUAGGGACAGAAAAUACUGCUCCUGUUGUAGCACCACAACAUAUGUCUAAUCAACCUAAAAUGAUACCCCACAAAGGACCAGUUAUGGUCCCAGGGAAACAAACACCGCCUGCCAAUGUUUUACAAGUUGUUAAGCAAGUACAAGAAGAAGCGGCUCGACAACAUGAUAACAUGGGAUAUGGAAAAGGUGGUCCACAACAACAAAUGCAACGACCACAUAUGCAGAUUGCUCCUCCUGUUCAACAACAAGUCAAUCAAUGGGUUACUGAACCUAAUUACAAUCAAAUGAUGAUGCAGCAGCAGCAGCAGCAACAGCAGCAGCAGCAGCAACAACAACAACAACAACAACAACAACAGCAGCAACAACAACAACAACAACAACAACAGCAACAACAACAGCAGCAGCAGCAACAACAACAACAAGUUCAACAGCAGCAAAGACAAAUGAACAUUCAACCUCAACAACAAAUGAUACUCAAUAACCAACAAAACCCAAUGCUUCAACAACAACAAGUUAUGACCUCCAGGCCUCAAGGUUACCAACAAAAUCCUAAUCAACUAGUAUCUAAUCAAUCGUUACAACAGUUACUAAAUGCAUUGCGCACCAACACCGACAGUCCACCUGAACAACAACAACGUCUUAGAGAGAUUCUGAGGAACAACCCACAACUGUUGGCUCAAUUUAUUAGGAACCAACGACAAAGGCAAUUCCAUCAACAGCAACAGCAACAGGGCGGUGCCAUCGCUCCUCCAAUGUAUCCUCAACAGAUGCAAGGGCAACCGCAGCCGGGACCACAGGGUCCUAACCAACCACAAUCAAAUAUGCAAAAUCGAAUGCAUCUUUAAAGUGAAACUUUUUGAGCUUAUUUAAUUGGUAUUGUUUCUGUUGAGUACAUUUAUGAAUGUAAAUAUGGCAGCUUAAAGUACAAAAUAAUAAUUUUGUAUAGGAAUUUGAUCGGCCGUGUUGACUUAUAUGAUUUGUGUACAUUUGUUUUGCUACUCGUUGUUGUUAUCUAGUUAGAGAAAUGUAAUUAAGGAUGUCCUCCUUAACAUUUAACCAUAAUAAAAUCAUUUAUAAUUUCCUACUUUAGUAAAAUAAUAUUUGUUGAUUUUUCCUUCUGUACAGGAAUAAUA